GCGGGGAAGGCCCGGGCGUGCGCGGGCAGGGUGGGGGGUGAGCCCCGCCAUCGCCGCGGCUCUCGGACAUGUCGCGCCUUCCGGCCCGGAGGCUUUUCGCGGCGGUGAGGGGCUGGCGCGGCUUCCCAGUUUGCAAGUCAUGUGCUCUCCGAAGAUUUUCUAUCCAGCCUGCCCAGCAGAAGAAGAUUCCAAACCGGUAUUUGGGCCAGCCCAGCCCCUUCACACACCCACACCUCCUCAAACCAGGAGAAGUAACCCCAGGAUUGUCACAAGUGGAAUAUGCUCUUCGCCGACACAAACUGAUGUCAUUGAUCCAGAGAGAAGCCCAUGACUGGGAUGGAUUGGACCACACAGUGAUUCUGCUAUCCAACCCCACAUACUACAUGAGCAAUGACAUCCCCUAUGUUUUCCACCAGGACACUAACUUUCUCUACCUCUGUGGGUUCCAGGAGCCUGACAGCAUCCUGGUGCUGCAGAGCAUUCCUGGCAAAGCACUGCCCUGCCACAAAUCCAUACUUUUUGUGCCUCGGAGAGAUCCAAGCCGAGAGCUGUGGGAUGGGCCCAGAUCAGGCACAGAUGGGGCAAUUGCUCUCACGGGAGUAGAUGAAGCUUAUACCAUUGAGGAGUUCAGUCACUUGGUGACCAAGCUGAAAGGUGAAUCAAACGUUGUUUGGUAUGAUUUGACAAAACCAGUGCAUACAGAGCUGCACUCUGACUACCUGCAGCCUCUGGCUGAGAUAAAAGCUCGGAACAAAAACCACAUCCAGGGCAUCCGGCAUCUAGUGCAAAACCUUCGGCUGAUCAAAUCUCCUGCAGAGAUUGAAAGGAUGAAGAUAGCUGGACGGGUGACGGCACAGGCUUUCGUGGAGACAAUGUUUGCCAGCAAAUCCCCAGUGGAUGAAGCCUUUCUGUAUGCAAAGUUUGAAUAUGAGUGCCGGGCUCGUGGCGCUGACAUCUUGGCUUACCCCCCUGUUGUUGCUGGUGGCAAUAGAUCAAACACUUUGCACUAUGUGAAGAACAAUCAGCUCAUCAAGGAUGGUGAACUGGUCUUACUAGAUGGUGGAUGUGAGUCCUCCUGCUACGUAAGUGACAUCACGCGGACCUGGCCCAUCAAUGGAAGGUUCACCAAACCCCAAGCAGAACUGUACCAGGCUGUCCUGGAUAUCCAGAAGUCCUGCCUGAGCCUCUGCUCCCCAGGUGUGAGUCUAGAAAAUAUAUACAGCCUUAUGUUGAGCCUUAUUGGAGAGAAACUGAAAGAAUUGGGGAUCCUAAAGAGCAGCAUCACCGAGAGCCACUUCUUCAAGGCUGUACGGAAGUACUGCCCACACCACGUGGGACACUACUUGGGCAUGGAUGUUCAUGAUACCCCAGAUAUAUCCCGGUCGCUCCCACUCCAGCCAGGCAUGGUGAUAACCAUUGAACCAGGCAUUUAUAUUCCUGAGGAUGACCUGAGUGCCCCGGAGAGGUUUCGAGGCACUGGUGUGCGCAUUGAGGAUGAUGUUGUGAUAACAGAGAGUGCACCUCUCAUCUUGUCUGCUGACUGUCCCAAGGAGAUUUACCACAUCGAGCAGAUCUGUGGCCGCAGCUCGUGAUGCCCCUUCUCUGCAUCUUCAAUCCUCCUCGGGACACGCAGCCCUCCAGGGAUGCAGAUCCCCAUAGCUGGCUGUAGUUGUCAAGUGACAGGGGGUGUGGACAGUUGAUGGCUCUUUCCAAGACUGGGGCUGGGAAGUGAAAUGCUAAAAACUUGGUGAAAAAGAAAAGCAAACUUUCUGUGUGUAUUUUCCUUUUGAUUUGAUUAGUGCUUGAGCUGUUAUAGGACAACAGGUGGAUUUGUCCUUCUGGAUCCAUCCGUUCUGGUGCCCUUGGAGGGAUGAAUAUUGUCAGUGCCACCAGCAGGGCUUCAGCCAGGUUCCUCUCCAGAUGCGUAGGUACAACUGCUGAGACCAGGGCCCAUUUUGCCCCUCUUUAGCAGUAGUUUCACAACGGUCAAGUUUUUAAAAUGAUGCUUUGAUAAAUGCUAUUUAGGGGAAAUAAAAUGUCUCAGCUUUGAUUGUUACAGAUCCCUGGAAGAAAGGCUUUUGCUAGUCAGGAAGGUGAGUUUGGUUGGGAGAUGGUUUUAUGUGAAGCCUGUGAAGAACACUUUCAGUAUUUUAAGGAUAAGAAUGUGUUUGAGCCUUGCUCAGGCAUAUGCAAAAUAGGCCAGCAGCAGGGAAAAACAGAUCGUCUGGGCUUUCAGCUUACGGGGAAUGCUUGGCAGUUUGAGAAAGGACAGAUAGGGCUCAGGAGAGCUCAUUGUCACAAAUGUCCAUUCCAGUCUCCUGUUCUCAGCCUGCCUCUACCCCAUGAAGUAGGGGCCAUGUUGGCUGUGCCAGACUCCACUGAUGAGCUGUAGACUGUCACCUAGAUGUGAAGUGCCUGAUUCUGGGACAGUCACGGCACCUUCCUGUUCGGUGCUGUGUCAGCAACUUCAGCAGUGUAUUUUUGAAGAGUCUGCCCUAUGAUGAGUCUCAAGUCUUUAUACAGCUUUUAUAUGGAAUUUAAAGUAAUCCUCCUUUUCAGAACUCUGAGGGGAUGGUCACUGCCACCUUUUGGGUUUUGCCAAGUGCAGUCAGUAACUAAUAAUAUUUCUGAGGCAGCUGCAAAUGUGAUUAGGCCAGGAUGGGCGAGGAGUGAAGAGAUGUCUUUCCUCAACAUCAGCCUACCACCCAGGCCUUUAAAUGCAGUAGUAAAUACACCUUCUAGAGGAAAGCAUGGCAUCUGUGUAUUUACUGAAAAUAUUUUCACAAUCAGCUAUUGAACAUGUAUGAAAAAUGCCUCUCAUGGGUGCAUCUCCUGUUAUUUAUGCUUACUGUUGCAUCACAGCAUCUUACUUUCUGAUGGUAGCUUUCAGUAUUUUUCAUCUGUUAUUCUCAAUUUUCUUUCUUUUUUUCUCUUCUUUUCCUGUAUUGCCUAUUUUUAACUCACUGUAAUGUCACUGCUUCUUAAUCCAUUCUGCUUUCUAAUCAGAGUUGCUGCCUGUUCUGCAGUUUGCCCUAAUUCCUCACAGUGACUGUAGUAAAAAGCAUGUGGGGGAGGUAGUCAGGGUCUCUGAGUUCAACCUCUGACUCUGUUGUUGUGUAACCUUUAGCAAAAUCUGUUUGGUUGGGGUUUUUCCCUUGUGUUUUUUUUCUUUUCUAUGUUUCAUUUCACUUAAUGGACAGCAUCUUGCAUCUCUCAUCGCUUUUAAUGGGAGCUGAGUGCAUGCACUGGAGUUUGAAUUUGGCACUUGAAAGGCAGCCAAGACACACCAUCAUUUUGGUUUUUAAACACAAGGAAAAGUAAAUGCUUUUAUGGAGUGUAAUGUAUUGAGUUUCACCUAUUUAAGAUAAUCUGCUAAUCUUUGCUGGGAGCUUUUGUUUGAUGCUCAUGCAUUACAGUGGUACGUACACUGUAAAAAUGGUUAGAAGGAAUGCUUGUUAAGUGAACUUAGAACACAGAACUGACAAAUACUUGAUGUUAUUCUGACCUGUAACAUGUUUUUUGUUCCAAUUACACCUGUUAGAGCCAUGUCAACUGGGACAAAUCUUGAAUUUUGGAACUAUGGUAGCAGCUCAAAAUAACAUUAACCUGAGAGCUACAGAUGUGUGCUGACCUGCACAUCCGCCUGUGUACCUGGCAGAGUUAAUGAUUGUACUUACUGUAAA